AUGAAGCUCAGUGGGUUGGUAAUUCUAGCGAUAGCCCUGUUCUCAAAGGGAAUUUAUCUGGAAUCUAACAAACAUGCCAAAAAGAGGGCUUUACAGAAAUCCCACGAAAAACCUCGUGCAGAAAAAUGGGCCGAUUCCUUUCAGAAGAAAAGGAAAACCGAAAGUCAUGACUACAUUGUAAAACUGUUGAAAACCAUCGCGAAAGAAUAUUUAACAGAAUGCACCCCCGUUAUUUUAUUUGACGUCUUCACAGAGCAGAACGACAGGUUUUUACUGGAAAAGAUCUUAACGAAUUUUUCCAUGCCUCACGUACAUGGCAGAAUAUCUGACGACUAUAAAAUAACUCUGAAGGAAUCUAGAAAAAAUAUUGUACCGACUUGCGUCAGUUACAUACUCUUCAUGAAAGAUGUCAUGAAAUCUAAAGAAGUCAUUGGAGAACAGAGCGAAGAUCGGAUAGUUGUUGUGUGCAGAUCAUCUCAAUGGAGGGUUAUUGAAUUUUUAUCCAACGAAAUUUCAAGAAGCUUUGUCAAUUUAUUAGUUAUUGUAAAAUCCGAGAGAAUAAUGCCAACAGACGAGGUAACUAUGUUUCGUGAAGCGCCUUAUAUUUUGUACACUCACAAGUUAUAUAUCGAUGCACUAGGCUCCAGCAGACCUGAUGUUUUAACGAGCUUCCAAGCCGGGAAGUUUACAAGAAAUGUGGAUUUAUUUCCCAAAAAAAUGACCAGUGGGUUUUCUGGUCAUAGAUUCAUAAUAUCCAUAGCACAACAGCCACCAUUUGUUAUAUUAAA